CUUUACUGUAGGUGCUGCUCAAUGCCUAGGAGAAUUAUACCGAUUAUUUUGGUAGGCGAAUCACGUCGGGUUUACGUGAGAGACGACUAUGAUUGCCAUAAAACUCAUCAAAUUUCAUGAGUGAAGUUGUCAAUGAGUGUCCAAGAGAUGUCCAUGAAAGGUGAUGAACCACCCCCUGAAUAUAUCAUCAAGGAAAGCAAGUUUGGAGCUAUAGAAUCCUCACCAGAAUUGGGUCAAAUCCCCAUCAUUGAUGUCAGUCUCUUCUCCCCAUCAUCAAUUGGUACUAAGGAAGCAGAAAUCGAGUUACACAAACUCAGAUCAGCUCUAAGCUCAUCAGGGUGCUUCCAGGCAAUAGGUCAUGGGAUUACGAUUUCCUUUCUGGAUAAGGUACGCGAAGCUGCGACGCAGUUCUUUGAUCUUCCGAUGGAAGAAAAGCAAAAAUACUCCAGAGAAAUUUAUGGUGGUCGUGAAGGAUUUGGAGAGGAUCUCAUUGUCUCAGAGAAGCAAGUUCUUGAUUGGUCGUACCGCCUAAUUCUUCAAGUAUUCCCUGAAGAUCAAAGAAGGCUUGAUCUCUGGCCAGAAAAUCCAAAUGAUUUUGGAGAGGUUGUGCAUGAAUAUGCAACAAAGGUGAAGUUUAUGAUGGAUGUGCUGUUUAGGGCCAUGGCAAAAUCAUUGAAUUUGGAGGAGAACAGCUUUGUGGAUAAGCUGCUUGGAGAGGGAGCUCUGAUGCAGGCAAGAUUCAACUUCUAUCCGCCGUGUUCAAGGUCUGAUCAGGUUCUUGGUGUGAAGCCACAUACAGAUAGGUCGGGACUGACAGUUCUGUUGCAAGACAAAGAAGUAGAAGGUCUUCAAGUUUUGGUGGAUGGAAAAUGGGUUAGAGUCCCCAUUGUGCCUGAUGCUAUAGUUGUGAACCUCGGUGAUCAAAUGCAGAUUAUGAGUAAUGCUAUCUUCAAGAGUCCAAUGCACAGGGUUGUGACAAACCCAGACAGAAUGAGACUAUCUGUGGCCUUGUUUAAUGAACCUGAUCCUGAAACUGAGAUUAGUCCAGUGGAGAAAUUGAUAGAUGAGACAAGGCCAAGGUUAUACAAAAAUGUCAAGAAUUAUGGCCGUAUCAACUAUGAAUGCUAUCAGAGAGGAGAAGUUGCACUUGAAACAUUAAAGAUCUGAGUUUCACAUCUCUGUGCCUAUAUCAUGUAGAAAUAAAGUGUGUAAACACUAUGAAACUUCUUAAAUAAGUCGAACCCCUGUGAUCAUAAUCAUAGGCUAUUAAUUCUGGUAUUUUCUUUUAUAAACUUAUCAAUCCCAUCAAUUUCUUCAAGACAAUAAAUGACAUCUUUUACUGCAUCAAGAGCACCAACCUGUUCUG